AUGUGGUUCCCAUUGACACUAGCGAUCAUUCUGGCCGUACAUGGAUACAGAAAGGGCUCGCUGAGCGCUUCAGGGGCGCUGGCCGCAUUCGUCUUUGGCUUCGCUACCAUGCACAAUCCCUCAGCCGCUGUGAGUAAGCAGCGCGUACAUUCCUCGACUCACAGUCUUGACACAACAAAAUUUCCUUUCUAAACCCUUCUAAAUCGCCUCUGAUGUUGAUAACAGUUUGGGAUCAUGCUCAUCGUCUUUUACUUGACUGGCUCACGCGCUACAAAGGUCAAAGCUGAUAUCAAGUCCACUUUAGAGCUGGAGGCCAAACAUGGCUCGUCGUCUCCCUCACCACAAUCAGCAAAGCACAAAUCAGCGAUAGGAGGUCAGAGGGAUUCAUGGCAAGUCAUUUGCAACGCUCUGAAUGGCACGAUUGGCGCUCUGCUCUUUGCACAUCUCCACUCCAGCGCGCGAGCCUACAGCAUUGCACCACACUGGAUAAACAACCUGAUUGGCGUCACUUCAGAGCCUUCCUUUUGCUUGCUGGAUUCUCGCAAGUCCAGCUCCGCACUUCUCGAAGAUCCACGCACUUGGAUCUUGUUCUCCCUCGGGCAUUUCUCCGCGAGUUGCAUCUGCCGUCCGAUCAUGUGCGAGAUCGAAGCUGACUCGGUCUUACCAUCCUGAAUUCUCGAAUGACGCGCAGUGCUGCAUGGGCGAUACUUUGGCGUCAGAGGUCAGACCCUAGAAGUGAAAGCUCGAACUGCAGAUAAAACGAGCUGCUGAACCGCUCGAAUACCCCUUCGAUUUGGCACACAGCUGGGCAUCCUGGCCAAAGGGCAGCCACGACUGGUGACGACGUGGAAGCAGGUCCGUCAGAGGAAUUGCAAGCAGGCUCGAGUAAGGAUGAGCUACUAAUUGAUGUCUCGCCCCUUGCAUACCCACAGGUGCCUCGCGGCACAAAUGGGGGUGUAUCGGCGCUAGGCACUCUCGUAUCUUUACUCGGCGGAGCACUUAUUGGAGUUGUUUGCAUCGCGAGCCUAUACUUCCUACCACCGAGCCAGACCGGCGACUCGCUCUGCUCUCCGAGCGUUUCGUCAGCUGUGAUCUACUUGAGCGUGGGCGCGCUUUCGGGGCUCGGAGGAUCGAUGGUGAGAAGUGGCUUUUCGCCUCUUUGCUCUCAAGAGAAUGACAUCUCCUCACAAUCAACUUCGGCUCCUUCGAACUUUGCUUGCCAUUGCAGGUGGACUCGCUACUAGGCGCCACUGUGCAGAAGUCAUGGUAUAACCGCGAGCUUGGCAAAAUUCUCAUUGGUAGACGGCCUUCCAGCUCGACAGAGGGUCAAUGGCAAGUCAUCACUGGUCAUGAUAUGCUUUCUAACAGUGCUGUGAGUCACCGCACAGCGUCGCUGAAGGAUAAGCGUGCUGGUUCGCGAAUCUCAUCACCUCUGUGCGCGCUCGCUCAUCUUGUCCUGCAGGUCAAUUUUAUAUCCAGCGCUGUGACUGCCUGUGCGGCAGCUGGACUGGGCAGUCUCCUAUUCUGA